AUGGCAGCACUGGGUAUUAGUAGAACUACAUCUGCUCAGAGCUUGACUUGCUUUUCCUUUACAGCUUUCUUUCUCAACUUCUUACUAUUAGGUGAUUCAUCUCUUGGUCUAGCACUGUCAACAAAAUUUGAUUUUUCAGUCUCUUCAUCACAGGCAUCAUCUUCAGAGCUGCUGGAUGCUCCUGAAUUCAACAGAAUCUCAGGAACCUUUUGUGGUUCAGACAGAUCAUCUUUCAUUCCAACAAUGGUCUUGUACACAAGAGACGCAUCACCUUUUUUAGCAUUCAUAAUAUCACGUUCAGCAUCCACAACUUCUCUCAAAGUUUUUGAUAACGUUUAA